UGGUAGUUUUCAAAAUGGCGGACGAAGAACCGCAGAAUAGGUAAAAUUGAGAAAAAGAUAAUUUGUGUGUGUAGAGUAGAAUUUGGGCACGUUCUGUUGCAAUCAUGACUAAUCUAAGAGCAAAAUAUUAUUUACCAGUUCAUUUUAAGCCUUCAUUUUGAAGAUGCUGGGUUUGAAACCCAAUAAAGUUCAGCCAAUCAGUUCUGUGAGCUUAGCUGGUCUUCCCACAGAAGCGCUGAUUGGCUCCAAUCGCCGCACAUCUAAAGGAUCACUGUCUGGCUCACUAGCAGGAUUUGAACAGCUAGAGUUUCUCACACCAAGUGGCAGUAGAAGGUUGUCAUCUCUAGCUUUAAAAAAAAAAAACAAGAAGUCAUGGAUUGCUGGUAACUUUCAACGGCGAGAGUGCAUUAGAAUUGUGAAGGAUGCAAAGAAAACCGUGUCUGAAGAGAAUCCCAUGUGUAAGUGCGGCAGAUUGAAAUCACUUCAUGAUGCCAGCGUGACACGAGAAGACAGCAGUGAUCAGUGGACACCUGAGAGGUGCUCUCGAAAGCUACCUACUGAUGGGUACGGAGAAAUCGAGUUCCUGGGGCAAGGCAGUCAGACAAAGAGAUCUCCGUAUGUCCGUGUGUCCCACGAUACCGAUGUGCAGCUCAUCUUGAAAUUGAUGCUUGAGAGAUGGAAUUUAGAGAUCCCAAACUUAGUCAUUUCUGUGACUGGUGGCGCCAAGAGCUUUGUCCUCAAACCCAGAUUAAAGGAAGUGUUUAGAAGAGGUCUUAUUAAGGCUGCCAAGUCAACUAGUGCCUGGAUUAUUACAGGAGGAACAAACGCUGGUGUGAUGAAGCACGUGGGUGAAGCAGUCAAGGAACAAGCAAUCACGUUUGGCAGUGAAGACAAAGUUAAUGUUAUUGGAAUUGCUACCUGGGGCAUUGUGGACAGGAAAGAUGCACUGAUUGGAAAGGACAAGAAUGGUCUUUACCCAGCACUGUACCGAAUGGAGCAGGUCCCAGGAUCCAGUGGGGCCUUACUAGAUUCCAAUCACUCGCAUUUCAUACUGGUGGAUAAUGGAACAGAAGGCAAAUAUGGCGUGGAGAUUGACUUGCGGUCAAGGUUCGAAGAAGCUGUAAUGAAGGUCAAAACUGAUUCCAGGUCUGCUGCAGGUGCCAUUGGUGUUCCAGUGGUUCUAUUGGUUCUGGAAGGUGGACCGAACACCGUACGCACCAUGUGUGAGCUGAUCAAGAAGAAAAUCCCCGCAGUGGUGGUGGACGGGAGUGGUCGCGCUGCUGAUGUGGUAGCUUAUGCUUACAGCCACACUGUGAAGAAAUGUGAAGGGAGGACUACUAUCAACAUAAUUGAUCCAGCGUUUGAGAGCAAGAUACGAGCGAAGGUGGCAGACGUGUUUCCAUUCAUGAAGGACACAGAUGUCAGUGAGCAUUACAAGAUGAUUGAACAAGUGCUUGAGGACGAAAAAAUGAUUUCGAUAUACAGACUUGAUGAUGAGACAAACAUAUCUCAAGACAUUGAUCUUGCCAUUCUCAAAGCUCUGUUGAAAGCCAACAGUUCCAGUCCUUUGGUGCAGUUGAAUUUAGCGUUAGCCUGGAACCGGAUUGAUGUGGCCAAAAGUGAAAUCUUCACCGAGGAGAAACACUGGACGACCGAGGGCCUUUCCAACCCAAUGCUGGCUGCUUUACUGGACGACAAGACAGGCUUUGUUGAACUAUUCCUGCAGAAUGGACUUAGCCUGAGAGAGUUUCUAACUCCACAAAUCCUCUGUCAGUUAUAUACCGGGGUUCCCAGUAACAGCGUCAUCAAGCCACUACUUCAACAACAAAUGAGCAAGAAAAAUGUGACAAACCUGAACCUGACCAUUGUUGGUGAAGUGAUUGAGAACUUGAUGGGUGAUUCUUAUCACAGUCUUUACCUCAGAGAUCCUCAUUAUCUUUUAACGCCUUCUGACUUCAUGAACAAAAGCCGGAAAAUCAGUCAUCCAAUGAUAUUUGCGAUUCCUAUCCACAAAUACGAUCCAUUGCCAACCCCAUACCGUGACGUGUUCAUCUGGGCGGUGCUUAGCAACAGACAAGAUAUGGCCAAGCUCAUGUGGAUUAUGGGUAAAGAACAGAUCGCGUCCGCUCUCAUGGCAACGCGCUUGAUCAAAUCCAUGGCGGGAAAAGCCCGUGCAGAUGACACCAUUACUGAUAUUAGCCCUGAGUUACUGGAACACGCAAAUGACUUUGAACAGCACGCCAUCGGUGUACUGCAGGAGUGUUACGAGGAGAACGAAGCUCUUUCCCAGACUCUUUUGGUCAAAGAACUGGGUAACUUCGGUCACCUGACAGCGCUUGACUUGGCUGUCAUGGCGGAAGAUCAGGAUUUCAUUUCCCACACCAGCUGCCAAGUGCUACUCACCCGACUCUGGAUGGGAACUAUGGCUAUGAACACCCAGUGGUGGAAGAUCAUCAUCUGCAUGUUCUGUCCUUUCCUCGUUUUCCCGUUAAUCUAUUUUGUUCCUGAUGAGCAUCACGAGCGACAAGCUGCGGCGCGGCGCACACAGAAGAGUUUGAACAGUAAAAGCAUGAGAAAUGUGAGACGAAGAAGCGACACGGGGGAAGGAGUUGAACUGCAAAAGGUUGAAACAGGCAACGGGAAUCCCAAAAUUACCACCGACGAGGAAUCUACAGUAGCUGGCGAUGGAGAAGAUUUGGUGGAUUAUAUUCCAGAGCUUCAAGAGGACCACUCCAUGGAAGUGAUGAUGCGAACAAAAGAAAUGACUGUUUAUGAGAGGAUCACGUCAUUCUACUCCGCGCCAUUCACCAAGUUCAUGGGCAAUUUGCUGUCUUACAUAGCGUUCAUCCUGCUCUACGCCUACGUCAUCACGAUGUACUUUCCGCGCUUUGACUCGUCCCAGACUUUAGGAGGACUAAGUGUUGUGGAACUCAUUCUUUACUUCUGGAUCUUUACAAUCAUCGUGGAGGAAAUCAGACAGUUAGGGGCUCAACAACCUAAGAGUUUUGCUGAUAAACUCAGCAUUUACUUCAGUGAUACAUGGAAUCUCGUGGAUUCCUUCUCUCUCCUGGCCUUUGUCGUGGCCGCUGUUCUACGCUUUUUCGAUUCAACGUACGAAGCAGCCCGGAUCAUCCUGUCCCUGAAUAUCAUCGUGUUUAUCGUGCGCUCGCUUCAAAUCGUCUCCGUCAACAGACAACUUGGUCCAAAACUCGUCAUGAUCAGAAAAAUGCUUGAAGAUCUCAAGCAGUUUGUAAUAAUCCUGCUCAUAUUCAUAAUCGCCUAUGGAAUCGCUCUUCAAGCUGUGUCAUUCCCAGGCCCCGGACAGUUCUCCAAGAGCUUGGGCGAGGUCAUCCGAGGAAUACUGGACCUUCCCUACUGGCAAAUGUAUGGGGAGCUCUUCCUUGAGGAAAUAUCAGGUCAAAAGCCUGAGGAGUAUGCUGAAGUUCACCCGACUGCCAAGUGGUUAUCUCCCGCGCUCCUGGCGGGUUACAUGUUGUUCACAAAUGUUCUUCUCCUUAAUCUUCUCAUCGCCAUUUUCAGUUACACUUUUGAGCGGGUACAAGAAGACUCGGAUAAAGUCUGGAAGUUUCAGCGCUAUGAACUGAUUGCUGAGUAUCACGGCAGGCCGCUGUUUUUCCCUCCGUUAAUCUUCAUCUCUCACGUGCUGAUAUUCGUCAGGUGGAUAUGGAGGCUGUGUCGGUGCGGAAAUCCACCAUCAACCAGCUCUAUGAAAAUCAAACUUACAGAUUACGAGAAGGAACAACUGGAGAAUUGGGAAUUCCAAGGAGCGGAGUAUUUCAUUCACAUGAAACGAGCUGAGGAGAAGAACACUAUGGAGCGAAGAGUCUGCACUCUUGGAGACAAGGUAAAUGACGCCACGGUGAAGCUUGACCGCAUAAUGGAGUGUGUCCUGGACACCAGUGGCGCUGAUGAAUCUGAGGGCGCUCCCACAGUGUCCCAGCCCGCCUACAUCCCCAGGCCCCCCACACGUGACCUAGGAGGUCUGGAGAGGAGAUUAGGACGAAUGGAAGAAAAUGUGGCGUCGAUAUUUGAAACAGUGAAGACGUUGGUUGAUUUGCUUCAUAAUCAAAGGGUUGAAACUUCUUCCACGCCAUCGUCAGGACCUGCACCAUCUAACAUUCUUGACCUGCGCCCUGUGGCUCCCGCCUUCGUCCAUCACAAGGCACGUUCAACAACCUACCCACAAUGCGCCGAGAGGAGGUUUCCGGUCCCGGAUGAUAAAGUGCCGUGGGAGGUGGAGUUUCCGGAUUACAGCCCCGUGAGUUACACUGCUCCAGUGGUGCUGAAGAAACCUCCAUGGGCUGAUCCUGAUUUGAUGAGCAUGCACUCCUCAGGUCGCCCACCGCUUGCGUACAACAGGCUCGAUGACGAAUACCACGUGAACCGCGCCAGUCAUAUGGGACCUUACCGGGUGGUAGACGGGCUGCCACUGAAUCCAAUGGGCCGGACGGGCGUGCAAGGCAGAGGACUUCUGGGACGGUUUGGUCCCAAUCACGCUGCUGACCCAAUCGUAACACGGUGGAAAAGGACCAGUGCUGGUGUCAUGCUGGAUGGCGGAAAGAAAGUUCUUGAAUUUGUUGCGAUACAAAGAAGAGACAACAGUCAGUGGGCAAUACCAGGAGGUAUGGUUGAACCUGGACAAGUUGUGACCCAGGCUCUGAAGGCUGAGUUUGGAGAGGAGGCCAUGGCGAAGCUAAACUUUACAGAGGAAGAGAGAGAACGAAUCAGUAGACAGAUCGACAAACUCUUCAAUAACGGAGUCGAGGUAAUUUCACCAAUCUAAAAAAUAAGAUCUCGUAAUUUUAAGUUGAAUUCAAGUGUUCAUUUCAGUUGUGUUCUAAAGGUCUGUCCACACUACGCCGGAGAAAUUUGAAAAU